UUAAGUUUUGUGCGUUACAGCUUCUGAAACUCCGUCAUCAGACAGGUUUCAGGAUAACGCGGACGGACAGCUCUGCAUGGUUGGCUUCUCGCCAAUCUUAUUAUUUGUGCUAAGAUCAUCCUGCUAGUAUACCUCCCACUAUCCCCGGGUGGUUCGAGGUUAGCUUCCACUUCACUUGCAGAUCAUCUCGUUCAGUCUUGGAGGAUAUAUUCAGGGACGACAGGUUACAAGAUCAAGCAACUACUCUCAUUAUCAACACUCUCCUUUAGUUUUACAUAUCUGGCCCAACUAAUCAUACACGACCAUCAUUCGUCCGAAAAUCUAGGCGCUGUACUUUCUUUAAUAAUUGCCCUCACGCAGAGCACACACUCAUUCAGCUAGAGUAGACUUGCCGAUCCCUCCGCCAUCGCAUUGUCAAGCAAAAAAAUGUGGAUUUCAAAGCACAGGACGUGCAAUCGUUUUAUUCGUUUUGUUGUCUCACCGCUACUGGUUAUCACUAAGGCUUCAUGUUUGGUUGAUUCCCCAUCGGACCCUAGCGAACUUCAAGAAUCCUUUCAGCCAUCUUGGACCAACUAUUCAGCCUUUAUUGUAUUCGGAGAUUCUUACUCUGAUAAUGGUCAUCCUCGCUCACCGGAGGAUCAACCUUCGUUAGCCGCCAAACCCGCGGUUGGUGGGAGAUUUUGUGAUGGACCCGUUUGGGAUGAAUAUUUAGCACAAAAUCUUUCAAAUUCAGCGGAUUCAAACAUUACAUUCCUUAACUAUGCCUACAAUGGCGCUCACAUCAGGAACAAGCUAUCCAAUCAAUCCCCUUCACCCGUUCCUGACACAGCUGCUCAAAUCCAGACUUAUCUAACCGACCUUGAAAAAUACGUUCAGCACCCUAUCUCGGGAAAAGUAUUUGAGGGUAGGAUCCUCCACGCGCUAUGGAUUGGGAUCAAUCCUAUUUUAUCCAUCUGGAGGUCUGCGUCUUCUGGCAAUCAAACACUUAACGCAGACACCCUCCUAACACCCGAGCUUGCUGAGACACUCAACACACAAGUGGAAGAAUUCAGCAAGCAACUGCUUCUGCUUUCAAACAACCCCAGUCUCUCUAAGUUUCAGACUGAUUACAUGGUGAUGACCAUUCCACCCCUGACGAACACAGCCCUCGCUUUAAGCCAAUCUUCUCAAGCAUCGAAGGGAGAUGUUACUCUAGCUCAACAGUAUAUAGAAUUACUUGCACAAAUGACGGAUCACUUUAACACUAAAUUAGUCGAAGCCGUACAGAAAAUGACUCGUCAAUUCUCCUGGCACAAGAGGCGAAUCACUGUUUUUGACACUGUAGAUUUCUGGGACGAUGUUAGAUCGGCACCUCAGAGGUUUGGAAUCCAAUCACUAGGUUCCUGCUACACGGAUCCAAAUAAACCACCCUGCAAGAAACCGGACCUGUAUAUGUACUGGGACAUCUUGCAUCCCUCGAGUAUUUUCCAUGCUAAUUUGUCAAAUGCGAUAAUGCAAUUCCUCGAUGAACUCAACGAAUGAACAAUUCAAAACCAAAUCUUUUAAUUGCCUUAAGUUUUUGGGUAACACCAAACUGAUUUUAGAUAAUUCUCCUCAUUUGCAGCGGAUUUUCUUGUCUAAUAUCUUGACAAGACAGUAUAACCAGACUGAUUCCUCCCGCACGAUUAACCUGUACUCAAUUUGUAAACCUCAGGGGGAAAACAAUUGCUCCGAUUUCUCUCUAUGCGCUGUUUAGACAAAUUUUUUAUUACUUUUUCUGGGUUUUUCAUUUUUGCAUAAAUUGAAUCUUUACUAUGAGUGAUACUCUUCCAAGAGCUUACAAGAAGCAAAAAAUGCACUGAAAAGUUACCCAUGAUCGCG